CCAUCAAUAUAACACAGAUUGCUGGAGGAAGCCUGGCUCUACCCUUUGGACUUGGUGUGGACGAUUAUCUGUUUGACUGGGUAAAGGGACACAAGCCACACCUGAUGUCUGUGAGCAGUGCUUGCGACAUCAGUGUUGAUCCAGUCAGUGAAGUGCAGGUCAUUAGAGGUGUUCAGUCAUCAAGGCUAGUAAGUCCAGACACAAGACUACCUCCUGGGGUUCACUAUACAAGUGCAGCUCAGCUUUACCGGAGCUUCCUAGAGGAGUCUGAGGCACCACCAAGCUUACGUUUCAUAACCAGUGUGCGAGACUCUUUGAAGGUCAGCACACCAUUUCCUUCCAUCUUCUCUGAAAAGCUGUCAGAGGACGGUUUGCUUGUACCAUCGAACAGUUCUUUCAGUGCCACAUCAGUUAAAAGCUCUCCGUGUGUUGCUGGACUUCAUCAGGGAGGAAGCAUAGGCACCCUCUUGGAACAGCUGUUAGGGAGUGCCCAGAAUCUUGACGUGACGAAAGUGCCGCAGUUGAUAGACGAAGGCUUGGAUAAAGAAGGAUGGUCAAGUGUCCUGGAAGAGUUAAAGAAGCAGAAACUCAACUAUUGUAAUAAUGAAGAAAUGGAGAGUUCUGAUGAUGAUUGACCUGGUUCAAAAGUUUUGUUUAGGUAAUUGCUCAGAUAACCAUUAAAGAAAAUUAAUUGUCUCACAGGCUUAACUAAUAUACAGCAAACUAUGAUACUCAUAAAACUAAUUUCAGAUAAAUGGCCCUGAAAUUAUUUUAAUGUGCCUUUAUUAUAUAUCAAGUGAACAUAGCAUUAUUAUAAUUUUUUUUUUUAAUAUUUAAUAUUUAAUUUAAUCUUACAUUUGAGCACACUAAUAAACUUAAAGGCAGGUCUUUCAUAAUUAUGAUGUAUGAUCUCAUCUCUCCAUGAUAUAACAAGAUUGUAAAUAUUUUUUAUCCAAAAUACAAAAAAUGUAAAAAUACUAAACAAAAAUAAACUCUGUCUAACAGUGAAA